AUGUGGGAAGAGUGGGACGAUGAGCACUUUGUGAAGAUUUUUUUCGACUGGAAGAUAUUUGCCAAAUAUGCAAAGGAUAAUGAAUUUAAGGAGCUAGAGGAAGGCAUAAAGAAAGAAAUUAGCAAUUCGAGUUGUUUCAACCUAAAUGAAGAAGACGUGGAGAAGCAGACAAAUGACAACAUCCUGUUGAUACUAAACUCAUUCAUUAUAGAGAAGAAAUACACAGAUGUUUCUGAUUAUCUGGUUAAUAUAAUUUUGAGGUGGAAUUAUUACACAUGCUUGAGGAGCGAAAAAGAGCUUGAUUCCAAUGGUGUAAAAAAUCGCCUAAAAAUAAAUGUAGAUAUUUACCCCCUGCCAGAUGUAUACAGAAAUUUUGAGGAAUAUUUUUAUUCCUACUUCCCCCUAUUCCUGAUCGAAACGCAGCAAUUAAUAAACAAUAAAAAGGAAAAUGAAAAUAUAAAAGAGUACGACGUGACGCUGGUUAACACCCCCAAGGAGAUUUACAACUUUGAAUUCAACAUAAACAUAGCUUAUGACAGCCUCGUCUAUGCAAACCUUUUUUAUGGAGAUCUUAUUUUGCUGAGGUUUAUUCCCAAAAGAACUGCAAAAAGUGACUCACAUAAUAUUUACACCCCUAUGUUUUGUUCCGUAAAGACGAAUGAGGAAGAGGUAAUAUCUAGUGAUUCGGAAAAGGACAAACUCGAGGUAGCUUCCUCUGGCUCGUGCACCCAUUCGGAAGGCCCACUCAAUGGGGAGGAACUGAAAGAGGAAGAAGUGACCGAGGAGGAACUCGUCGAAAACACAAACCCAAUUGAUAUCACCAACUCGGGGAAAGACAAAACGAAUGACGAAAUCAAAGACGAAACGAAUGACAAAACGAAUGACGAAGCGAAUGACGAAGCGAAUGACGAGACGAAUGACGACAUUUACAUGAUCAGAAAAUAUUGCGUCCGUCAUCUGUUAGGUUACGUGAUUUCAAAAAAUAAGGAACAAAUUAAAGUCAAAUUUAAUUUAAAUUAUAAAAAUUUUGAUAUCAUUGACAAAAUCAGGAAAGAUAUCAUUUACGAAAUUUUCGUGGCUGAUAAAUUAGAUCAUUACUUUGCGCGUGUAUCCAAGGUGACCAGUUUAAUUUCGACCCUUCGAUUGUUUAACUGCUUGUUCAAUUUUAGGAACUCCGCCUUGUUGAAUGAAAUUGUCGAAGUUGACCAAAGUGGGGAAGCUAACCAACAUGCCGAGAGCGUCACUUCUACGGGGGAGGUUAAACAGGACGACAACACCAGCCACCAGGGGGACUUCACCCCUCUUCAGACCAAGAAGAGAAAAAAAAGACACAUAGAUGUUGGACACGUUGACCAGGUUAAGUCAGACAAAGUACCAGAUGGUGAACAAGAGGAAAUCCACCCUGGAGAAGCCAUCCCAGAUGAAGCAUUGAAUGGGCAUCCAAAUCAAUCAGACGAUCUGGAGGAGGAAACCCUUAAGCAAAAAAUUAAGGACUAUUUGAUGAAGUUCAAAUGGUCAGGAGGCACGGAACACGUCGGUGUGGAAGGGGGGGAACCCACUUUUAAUGAGGAUGAUAGUCAAAAUCCGAGCAGGAAAUGUAGGAUGACGAAAAAUAUCCAAGCGAAUGUCAAAGGGGAGAAGUCCUCAUUAGGUCAACACACUGUUGUACAGAAGAACAAUGCGAAGAAGAAUAACAAUUCAGUUGGAGGGGAACCCCCCCUCCAUGGGGAGCAGCAAUAUGGAGGCUUCCAUUACAUACCAGAGGCGCUAAAAAAUAAAUUCCUGAACAUUUACAAUAAGUACCAAUUAAGGGCCAUUAACAACAGCAUAGUGAAUGACGGGAUUACGCUCAUUCAAGGUCCCCCCGGGACAGGAAAAACUACGACAAUUUUGGGAAUUAUCAGUGCACUCAUUUUUUUUCAAAAGGGUGAAAUGAAUCGUAGUACUAGGAGCCCCCUAAGUGAGAAUUUCUUAUCUGCCAAUGCGGAGGGAGACGAAGAAGGAGAAGAGGACGGAGAAGAGGAAGGAGAAGAGGAAGGACAAGAGGAGGUACAAUGGGAGGGACAAGACGAAGGAGAAGAAGAAAGGGGAAAGAAAAAGAAGAAGAGCCCGUACGUUUGGAUCAAUUACAACAAAAAAAAUGACCACUGCUACUUUAACGACAACUGCUUCGAUGCAAUAGAAUACGAGGACUUUUUUGAUCACAUUGAAAAAAACAAAGAAGAAAAAAACCAAAACGUCUUCCACGUCAGUAAAGGAAACAAAAAUGAAAACAAUUAUGCGUAUGCAAUUCAUCUGAGCAUUAUGAAUGCGUCUAGUAGGAUGUUAAAAAGUGAUGACACCCAUGUGGAUGGAAAUAAUUCAGGCGAGGAGGACAUCCUUAAAAAUAAUGAAAACAGAAUCAAAAAUUUGAUUGGUUUAACGGAGUCGUAUUAUAACUCCUAUGUGAAUACCAGCGAUUAUAUGACAAAGAAGUCCCACUGGGUGGAGGAAAGGAAUGCCAAUGAGAAGCUGAACUAUUCCUACUACGUCAGUGAUUCCAAUGCAUACUCCUUUGCGGCCAGCACAUCGGGGGAUGUAUCACUCAAAGGGGCGAAAAACGAAUUAAUAAGCAGCAGUUCCAACCUCGUCCCCGUUAGAGAAAAAAGAAAGUGGAAAAGGAAGAACCCGUCGGAAGAGACACAACAAGCCACUUUCAAAAAAGAAAAGAUAAACAAGCUAAACUUAAUUAAGAACAAAAGGAUACUCGUGUGUGCGCCAUCUAACGCAGCUAUUGAUGAAAUUUUGAGAAGGCUAAUAUCGUCAAGUAGCGGAAUUUUAGACGAAAAUGGAAACUUUUUUAAUCCUAUAGUGACAAGAAUAGGGAAAAAUGUAAGCACAGACAUAUUAGAAUUUAGCCUCGAAUUUAAAGAACAGUUAUUUUUAUUUCUUAAUAAGGAGGAAGAAAAUAAAAUUAUAAAAAAGAACUUAUUGAAAACGUCCACAAUUAUUUGUUCAACCCUUUCUGCCAGUUCGAACGCGUCCCUAGUUAACUACAUUGACUCGUUCGAUGCAAUUAUAAUUGAUGAAGCGUCUCAGUCGGUCGAAUUGGACAUUUUGAUACCUCUGUCCUUCUCUUGCAAGAAAAUUAUUCUGGUAGGAGAUCCAAAGCAGCUGUCCGCGACGGUGUUCUCUCUAUUUGCAAAGCGGCGCAAGUAUGCCAGGUCUCUCUUCGAACGAUUACAAAAGAAGCAUAAGAUGAAUAAGAGCAAAUAUAAUUUGUUGUCCAUUCAGUAUAGGAUGCACCCAGACAUUUCACACUUCCCAAAUAAGUACUACUACAGGAAUAAAAUUACCGAUGCCCCUUAUUUUCUAUUUACCCUUUUUAAAGAGAUGCAGAUGAAUAAGUACAUCACAAAGUUGAGGAGUGAUCCAGGGGAUCCACACACGGGACGAAUUAUGCAACGUGACCUUUUUUACAAAUUCGAUUUAUUUCACUUUAUGGAGAGUAACUUUGGAAAUUUAUUGCCCUCAAACUUUCACGACAUAAAUUUAUGUAAGAAAAACCAAGGGGCAAUUGAUUGGUUUAUCAUCCCCUUCCUUAGACAUAGCGUUUUUUACGACAUAUCCUUUUCGAAACAAAGGAAAAUAAAAAACUCUUAUAUCAACAUUGAAGAAAGCGAAGCCGUAUUGCAGUUUAUCGAGUUUUUGCAUUUCAUCUUUACCGCAGAGAAUGUGAAGGAGUGGUACAAACGAAUAGGUAUCAUCACCCCGUACGCCACGGAGAAGUUUUUUCUAAAGAAGGAGCUAAAAAUGUUCUUCACAAGAAAGGGCUACAAGAGUAAUAUUUCUAAUUUUAUUGACAUUGGGACGGUGGAUGGUUUUCAGGGGACGGAAAAGGACAUCAUCAUAUUUGUGUGCGUUCGGACGAAGGGUUCGCUCAAGAGGAAGAAAAGGAAAAAUGCCAACGCUGCCGCUAGUCACGUGAUGAAACGGGAAGAGAACGUAACGAAACGGGGAGAAAACAUGCCGAAACAGGAAGAGAAUGUGAUGAACCAGGAAGAAAAGCUGCCUAACAUAAGCUCCGCAUCCUCCGCGGAGGACCAUGUGGACGACGAAGUGGACGACUCGAACAUGUUUUUCUCGAGUUAUAAACGACUAAACGUGGCACUAACCCGAGCCAAGUACAAUCUGUUCCUUUUCGGAAACUGCAGCUUCUUGAAAAAAUGCGACGCCUGGGGUAAGAUUAUUAAGCACUACAAAAUGAGAAACAAAGUAAUCAAAAUAAAGUACAAGAAAUUUAAAACCAAGAUGAAAAUUUUGACCGAGAAAGUAACGGAAGAAGACCUGUUCGAUGAGAAGGUUGAGGUGAUUAAUAAAAAAAUAGAAAAUUCUUUGUAUAACAAAAACAUAAUCGAUUACAAUUUCGUUCUAACUAGUGAGAAUGAAAAUCCCUCCUUCGAUUUGAAAAGCUUUCUUUACUCUGUUGGAUUGAGACAGCCGGAACAGGACGCAGAUGGAAACUGUGAAGGGCAAAAUGAAAUCAAUAUUAGUGAGAAUAAAUAUGGAUUUGCCGACCCCUCGGGGAAGGUAGAUAAGAACUCUGAGGAGAGGGAAAUAUUGAGCUUUUUCCAGCAGCUGUACAAUGACGAUGAUCAUUUUGGGAUUGGCGACGAGUUUGACGUUGGGAGGGAGCGACUGAGGGGGGGAGAUGCCCCGGCGGAGGGACCACUAACCGAACCGCUAACCGAACCAACCAAUUGCAUAGAUCACCUAAUGAAGGUCUGCCAUCACGUGGGGAAAGCAGCCCAGAUCAGCGAACACACGAGCGCCCCGCGAAAUGGUACAAACAUUGGCGUUAAAAACGAACCCAUAGAAUUAAUCAAAGUGAUAGAUGCUGAAGAUGAUCCGGGAAGUGUGGAACGAAUGAGUAUAAGCGCAAAUAAUGAGGAAGUGAAAACACUAAAUUACAACCAGGAGGAAUUAAAACGAAGGGGCACUUCUUUACUGCCAUCCGCCGCGUUAAGAAAAGAAGCUUCGUACGUCGACCUCUCCACCAGUAUUACCAAAAAAGGCGAUGAAACAGCUUCGAACAUUGGUGAAGGACAGCCUAGCACAACCCCCACAACGAUGGAAAUCAGUGAAAAUUUGAAAAACAGCAAUUAUUUUAUCGAUAUGCUGUAUAACUACUGCAAGGCGAACAAAGAGCUCGUGUUCGUCGUGCAAAGUAUUUUGCCCAAUUUUUCGCGACAAAUUUUGUUUAAGCAGUAG